AUGUCCAUGGUCUUCACCAAGUCCCCACGGUUCGAAUCUAUUCUGGACAAGUACUGGGAUAAGGAUGAGGAGUGGUGGAAGGCUCGCUCGAGAGGCAGGAGAGCCAUCACUGAAGGAGACAUGCACCUCAUUCUGGACCUGCACAACAAGCUGCGUGGCCAAGUGCAUCCACCUGCAUCUAAUAUGGAGUUUAUGGUUUGGGAUUAUGAGUUGGAGCGGAGUGCAGAGCAUUGGGCACACACCUGUCGCUGGGAGCAUGGCCCCAGUCACAUGCUCACACAAAUAGGACAAAACCUUGGAGCACACUGGGGCAGAGACCGUCCUCCCACCUUUCACGUGCAGGCCUGGUAUGAUGAGGUCAGGCACUACAGCUACCCUUACUCCCAGGAGUGUAACCCGCACUGCCCAUUCAGGUGCUCAGGACCUGUCUGCACUCACUACACUCAGUUAGUGUGGGCCACCAGUAAUCGGAUUGGCUGUGCUAUCAAUAUUUGUUAUAACAUGAAUGUGUGGGGAAUGAUCUGGACCAAAGCGGUGUACCUCGUUUGCAACUAUUCUCCUCCAGGUAAUUGGUGGGGCCAUGCUCCUUACAAAUAUGGAUCCCCCUGCUCCCAGUGUCCAGCCAGCUAUGCAGGCGGCUGCAGGGACAACCUCUGUUACAAAGAUGGUGGUGUUGACAGGCGACCUGCCCCAGAGCUAGAAGAGAACAACUACAUUGAACCUGAGCCUGAAACGGUCCAAGAGCCAGAGCCAGAGCCGCGGGCCCAGUCCCCAGACCCCCCUCGUCAUGACAACACCCGGAGAAACCAGGUGGUCAGCACUGAGCAGAUGAUAGGACUACAUACUGGAGUCAUUGACAAUGAUGGCGGAUGGUUGGACGUGACCAGACUGGGCAGAAGACCACAUUUCACCAAAUCAUACAAGAAUGGGAUUCUGUCAACAGGGAAGAACAGGAGUGCUAAUUCAUUUAAAGUUGAGAAAGUGCCAGUGAAGGCUGUCAUCUGUGACACGACUGUUGCUCAAUACUGCCCUUUCAAAAAACCUGUCAGACAUUGUCCGAGGUUAUAUUGCCCUAGGAACUGUCUUCAUCAAAGUCAAGUUCGAGUAAUUGGAACUAAAUAUUACUCUGAUAUAUCCAGUAUUUGCCGAGCAGGGAUCCAUGCCGGAGUCAUCCAGAAUGAAUCAGGGGGCUACCUGGAUGUGAUGCCGGUGGACAGGAGGAGACUGUACAAAGGCAGUCACCAGAACGGCAUCACCUCAGAAUCAGUUCUAAAUCCUACAACCGGAAAAGCCUUCAGAGUGUUUGCAGUCAUCUGA